AUGGCAAGAGUAUACGAAUCGACAACCAAAAGUUUUUGCAAUGGCUGGAUAGUUACAGGUCCAGAUAGGAUGUAUUUCUACUCGGCCGUUGUAUUAAUGUUUUUACCAGAGGUACCAUUUUUAGUGACAGUACAACCAUUAUAUAAAACAAUUACCAUUAGAAAUAUUCAACAUGAAGUAUUCUUUGCACCGCACUACCCUAGUUUCUACCGAACCAACCGACAGAAAGAGAAAGAUGGUUCUAGAGAAAUGAUUACUCUACCCAAUAAUAAUAAUAACAAUAACAAUAGCAACAACAAUAAUAACAAUAGUAAUAACAAUAUUAAUAGUAGUAUCAAUAGCACAUUAUCACCAAAUAUUGGAAGUUUAUCAACGAAUAGUAUCAAUGAUUCUAGUACAAACAGUCUACAAUCUCCAAGAUAUCCACUGGAUCCAACAAGUCCAGUUUGA